AUGGCCGAUGCAAUAAAAUUUAUUUUCCCAAAGAUUCCAACGUUAAUUUCUACAAUAAUAGACCAUUAUAAAAAUGGCCCUCCAAAACCGUCAUGGAACUUAUUAUUUCACUUGUCUUUUAUGUUUACUAAGUUAGCACUUGACGGUUUUGAUUAUGUAACGAUUGAAAAUGCUCAAGCAUUUUCAAAUAGGUCCGUUGCCAUUUCACUUGAUUUUGCAGUAAAUAAAGUUAGAAUUUCUAACGAAUACAGAAAAAAUGCAGAACAAUACAUUGAAAAGUUAGUGAAAGAAUAUGAGCACAUAAUUGAUGAUGAAUGGAAUAAACUUGAUAAUCUAGAAGAAUUAAGUGCUGAAUGGGUUUACAUAAGAAAAAAUGGUUUUAUGCGAAAACAAGAUAAAAGAAUAAUCUUGUAUCUUCAUGGUGGUGCUUAUGUUAUGUGUAGUGCUGGAUCACAUCGUGCCAUCACUUCGGACAUUGCAAAAGCUGCUGAUGCUCAUGUUUUCGCUAUUAAUUACCGGUUGGCGCCACAAAAUCAAUUUCCCGCGGCCCUGCAUGAUGCACUAGCUGCCUAUUUAUAUCUCAUUGAUCCACCAAAAGAUGCUGGUUUCAGUGCAAUUAAUCCUAAUCAGAUUGUUAUAAUGGGUGAUAGUGCCGGAGGUGGCCUUGCCAUUGCUACAUUACUGGCAUUACGUGAUAGUGGUUUGCCAAUGGUUGCUGGAGUUGUCGGUUGGUCACCAUGGGUUGAUUUGACACAUAGUAUGCCAUCCAUCUUAAGCAGAGAUUGCGAUAAAUACGAUUACCUUCCAGGUUCUACUUUACAAUUUCUUCCUUCUCAAGUUCAAACCCGAUUCCUCGAAAAAUCCGCUGCACUAUCUGAAAAAAUCAAUCAAUCAAACAAGCCAAGGACAUGGCAUAAGUCCCUUGAUCGAGAAGUUCGCAUUCAACUAUAUGCCGCUAAUGAGGCCUUAUCAAUUCCUUAUGUAAGUCCUUUGUGUGCCGAAAGUCUGGGUGGAUUGCCGCCUAUGUUUUUGACGACGGGUGAUACAGAGAGGUUACGUGAUGAGACUAUUUAUCUUGCAUUCAAAGCCAGUCAACCUUCAAAAUAUUUAUUGCCAAUAUAUAAUGCUGGCAAAUUUGAGAUAUCACCAUUUAAAACACCUACAAAUGUCACUCUUGAAAUUUAUGAAGAAAUGCCUCAUAUGUUUCAGAUUCUUGGAUUCAGCGAAUUAGCUUUAUUUUCAUUUCAGCGUACAGCUAAAUUCAUUCACGAAGCUGUUGUAUCCGCCUCAGGAAAGUCCAUAUCAACCCCAAUGACCAAUUCGUCAAAUUACGUUAGAAUAAACGCAAAUAAGAAAUUUUCUCCAUUAAAAGAAUGUGACUAUUCAGUACUUGAAUGGCAAAAUGUUGGUUGUGCUCCAAAUAUUGAAAUACCUAAAAUUCCUAUGGAAACACCUAGCGGAAGUAAAAUACG